CUAGUUUCCAUCUGCUCAAACUCUUCUGAGGGCUUGAAUUUGGGUAGCCAGAGUUAACUCCCUCUAGGUAAGGGACACACAGUGUCAGUUGUCUGCUGCUGAUGUGUUCUGUGCUAGGCCCUUGACUUCUACCAUCACUUCAUUCUCACAGCUGUCCUGCAGGUUGUCAAGUGCUUUUUUCCGCCAUUUGACAAAUGAGAAUAAGAGAGGGGAGCAACUUGCCUAGGCCAGAGCGCCAUAGCUUCUCAGGGGUACAGCUGGAAUCCAAAAUAGGACUACCUGGCUCUAAUACCCCAGGCCAUUCAUCUCACUCCCACCUUCCUUGGAACUAGCUCCUACUAUUGGACUAUGAAUGGCAGAUCAGGUGGUCUGGUACCUUCGCCUAGUCGUUUUGUAAACUUGAAUAGGCACAGCCUUUCUGAUUUAGUAGAAUUGGGGUACGGCUGAAGAUCCUGAUUUCCAAGCUCCCAGUGAUGCUGAUUCAGGGACCAACUUUGACUAGCAAGCCUCAUGUAUUGAAGGGCCCAUCGCUGGCAAGUGCUUCACACAUUAGUCACCGACAUGAAAGACAGGCUUCUUCUCAGACCUCAGAACAUUUCUGGGUGAUGCCCCAUGAUAUCGACAUAAGUUCCAUACCUAAAACGGCUCCCUGUGUCUUAGUGGCAGAGGCAGAAUGCGAUGGAAAGCUUGAAGGAGUCUGUCGAGCAGUGAAAUCGACUCGCGCAGUAUCAAGUAGGCAAGCUCGGAAAGACAAAUAGAAACGUGAAAGUCUGGCUAUAAUGAUAGUUGGACUCACCAUCUUACCAAGUAAAUACGGAUUCAACUGGGAUUCAGAAAGGAGGGUAACAGGCAAAACUGCAGCAUGGGUCAAUAAAAUACAAGCUCUGAUGGCUGCUGCAAGCUUAGGCCAAACUAAAAUUCCCAAAGGAAAUGGCUCUUAUUCUGUCGGUUGCACAGACUUGAUGUUUGAUUACAGUAAUAAGGGCACCUUCUUGCGUUUGUAUUAUCCAUCCCAAGAGGAUGACCACUCUGACACCCUUUGGAUCCCAAACAAAGAAUAUUUUUUUGGUCUUAGUAAAUUUCUUGGAACACACUGGCUUAUGGGCAAAAUACUGAGCUUCUUUUUUGGUUCAAUGACAACUCCUGCAAACUGGAACUCUCCUCUGAGGACUGGUGAAAAAUACCCACUAAUAGUUUUUUCUCAUGGUCUUGGAGCAUUCCGGACAAUUUAUUCUGCUGUUGGCAUUGAUCUUGCAUCUCAUGGGUUCAUAGUUGCUGCUGUAGAACACAGAGACGGAUCUGCGUCUGCGACUUACUAUUUCAGGGACCAGUCUGCUGUAGAAAUAGGGAACAAGUCUUGGCUCUAUCUUAAAACCCUAAAACCAGGGGACCAGGAGGUGCCUCUACGAAAUGAGCAGGUGCGCCAAAGGGCAAAGGAGUGUUCCCAGGCUCUCGAUUUGAUUCUGGACAUUGAUCGUGGAAGGCCAGUGAAGAAUGCAUUAGAUGUAGAGUUUGAUGUGGAACAACUGAAGGACUCUAUUGACAGGAAUAAAUUAGCAGUAAUUGGACAUUCUUUUGGUGGAGCCACAGUUAUUCAGACUCUUAGUGAAGACCAGAGAUUCAGGUGUGGUAUUGCCCUGGAUGCAUGGAUGCUUCCCUUGGGUGACGAAGUAUAUUCCAGAAUUCCUCAGCCCCUCUUUUUUAUCAACUCGGAACGGUUCCAAUAUCCUGCUAAUAUCAUAAAAAUGAAAAAAUGCUACUCACCUGACAAAGAAAGAAAAAUGAUUACAAUCAGGGGUUCAGUGCAUCAGAAUUUUGUGGAUUUCACCUUUGCAACUGGCAAAAUAAUUGGAUACAUGUUCACUUUAAAAGGAGAUAUCGAUUCAAAUGUAGCAAUUGAUCUUAGCAACAAAGCUUCAUUAGCAUUCUUACAAAAGCAUUUAGGACUGCAGAAAGAUUUCGAUCAGUGGGAUUCUUUAAUUGAAGGAGAAGAUGAUAAUCUUAUUCCAGGGACCAACAUUGACACAACCAACCAGCAUGUCACUCUACAGAACUCUGCAGGAAGAGAGAAAUAGAAUUUAGAUCAAGAGCACUUUUUAAAAAGCUGUCUAAAAGUGUGUGUAUGUGUGUGAUUUUAAUGUUUUUUUUUUCUCAAAUAACUCUAUUGUAAAAUGUAGACUAUAUCAUAACAGUGAUUGAAGCUUGUACUGGAAUUUUUUUCUUUAAAUGUAAAGAACGACUGCUAUGUAUAACAAUCAUACCAGCCUAAAUUUUUAUUUUACUAAGAUGAUACUUUUUCAGUGCCAAAAUUAAUAACUAUUUUUACAUUCCUUUAGUGGACAAGUAUAUCAAAACAGGCACAAUGCUAAUGAAAACAUGUUGCAGUGACAUAACUAACUCCCCCCAAAUACAAUAAAUACAGAUUUUUUUUUUUUUUUUUUUUUUUUGCCUCUCUUUUCUAUUAUGAGUACAAUUGAGUUUUGGCAAUAUGGUAUUUCUAGGUAGGCUUUGGAAGCACUCCCCUUUGACUUUUGGUCAUGGUGAGAAAAAUCAGAUCACACAGAUGAUAAAAGCACUGAUUUACUACAGGAUUAGGGAUACUGUACAAUUUCAGUAUGAAAACUAAAUUAGGGGAGUGGCCAAGGAUAAGAAUAUUGGAGACAAGGCAAAGGCAGCAGAUUAAAAUGGAUUAAAGAGAGUUUA